GACUAGUGAAGCAGAUAACGCUUCAACCCCAUGGAUCACAGGCAAGAUCUAUAAAUCCUUCAGAACACUAUAUGUACAACAAUGACGAAGAGGGUGAAUCAUCGACAUUGCCUGUUGUAGCUCUUGGCGGGACCUUUGACCAUCUGCAUGCCGGUCACAAGAUUCUCCUCAGCAUGGCUGCUUGGAUAGCUUCUGAAAAGGUCAUUGUGGGGGUGACAGACGACGAAUUGUUGAGGAAUAAGUCCAAUAAGCACGCGCUUGAAAGCAUAACCACGAGAAAAGAGAGGACCCAUGCAUUCUUGAAGCUUUUCAGAUCAGAUCUUGUGUAUGAUGUGGUCGCCAUCAAGGAUGUAUAUGGUCCCACUGCUUGGGAUCCUAAUAUUCAAGCGUUGGUUGUCAGCAAAGAAACACUGCCUGGGGCGACAAGCAUUGAUAAGGAACGCUCCUCCAAGUCUCUACCACUUUUAAAAACGUUUGUCAUCGACGUGAUAUCUUCAACUUCUGAGAGAGUAGAGCACGAAGAUAUUGAACUGCUCAAACAAGCCAAGAUGAGUAGUACCUUCAUUCGCCAAUGGAUCGUGGACAAGGGACAACAAGACAGCACGAUGUAGGGCAACUGGCCACUGAAGCAGUGGAGGGUACCCAGCUGUAAAUUAGCACUAAGUUGAAGAAAUCCUGCGAUGAAUAGACAUAUACACCGGAUGUAUCACUUGAGACUCUAGGUUGG